UAAAGUCACAUGGUCAGGGAGGAAAAAGGGGGUCCUUUUUGGUGUAAAUCUGGACUCUAAUUCUGUAAUAUAUCACGGUACCUCGUAAAACCGACACUAAAACGUCCCGGCCUACAAAUCAUCCGGCCAAAUUAUGAGUUCGUUGUAUUAUGCGAACGCUUUAUUCUCCAAAUAUCAAACUGCAAGUUCUGUCUUCCCGUCCGGGGUUUUCCCUGAACAAACUUCGUGCGCCUUUGCUUCCAACAGCCAACGGGCUGCCUAUGGGACCGGCUCCAGCUCAUCGUUCCCGGGGUCCAUGCCCGGAAUAUACAGCAAUGGAGGCAGCUUGCACCCCCAGAGCCCCGCUAUGUAUCCCGCCGGCUACGGGCUGGACGCUGCCUCGUUCAAUAUGCACUGCGCUCCCUUUGACCAGAACCUCUCCCUAAUGUGUCCGGGUGACUCCUCCAAGCAGAACUGCACCAAGACGGAGCACAGGGACUCGGAUCUGCAGACUGAGAGCAACUUCCGAAUUUACCCCUGGAUGAGGAGCACAGGUGCCGACAGAAAAAGGGGCCGUCAGACCUACACCAGAUAUCAGACUCUGGAGCUGGAGAAGGAGUUUCACUAUAACCGCUACCUGACCCGCCGGAGACGGAUUGAGAUAGCCCAUGCCCUGUGUCUGACCGAGAGGCAGAUCAAGAUCUGGUUCCAAAACAGGAGGAUGAAGUGGAAGAAGGAGAAUAAAACGACCAGUCCUUCCUCAAACAGCCAAGAAAAGCCGGAGACUGAGGAGGAAGAGGAGGAAUAAAUCCACCCCAAGAGACUGGUGACCCCAAGAUCUACUGGAUCUUCUGGAUGCUGGCAUACUACUACCUAGAUCCAUUUUCUACUAUAGUAUUAGCUACCUAUCCCACGUGGUGACAAAAUAGGACCAUUUCUAUGUGACACCUCAUUUAGCAAAAAAGUAUUUGCAGAUUCUUAAAGUUUCCGAAGACUUCGUGAGAGAUCGUGAUAGAAUUUCGUGACUGUGUUUGACUAGUUCGUAAAAAAAUCGACGUAAAGUGGGACCCCAACUCUUUGUGUAGGAUUGUGUUGUUCAUAUUAACUGUGCGGUGAGGUUUUCAUUCACCCCCUCUUCCAUUGUGAAAACGUUUAAAAAAUAGAUAUUUUACUUGUACUAUAGGAAGAUCUCCAUAAAGGAUUGUGUAAAAUUCUGUGCAGUUAAAGCUGUGGUGUAAAAUUAAUUUUAAUAUAAUUUAAUCAUAGUCUGUAUUUUAAUUGUUUUUUUUUUUAAUGCGCUGUUCUUGUGAUACGUCCUUAAAAAUAAAAUCGCAGUUAAUACAAA